AAGCGCACGCGCGGUCGGGAGCAGGGCCUCGCGCUGUGGUGGUGCGGGCGAGCUGGGUGCCGGCGGGCUCGUGUUGGCUCUCAAAGACCCCGCGUAGCCGCUGCCGCCUUCUGCCCUCGCCAUGUUCCUCACUCGGUCUGAGUACGACAGGGGCGUGAAUACUUUUUCUCCUGAAGGAAGAUUAUUUCAAGUGGAAUAUGCCAUUGAAGCUAUCAAGCUUGGUUCUACAGCCAUUGGGAUCCAGACAUCAGAGGGUGUAUGCCUAGCUGUGGAGAAGAGAAUUACCUCCCCACUCAUGGAGCCAAGCAGCAUUGAGAAAAUUGUAGAGAUCGAUGCUCACAUAGGUUGUGCCAUGAGUGGGCUAAUUGCUGAUGCUAAGACUUUAAUUGAUAAAGCCAGAGUGGAGACACAGAACCAUUGGUUCACCUACAAUGAGACAAUGACAGUGGAAAGUGUGACUCAAGCUGUGUCCAAUCUAGCUCUACAGUUUGGUGAAGAAGAUGCAGAUCCAGGUGCCAUGUCUCGUCCCUUUGGAGUAGCACUGUUAUUUGGAGGAGUUGAUGAGAAAGGACCUCAGCUGUUUCAUAUGGACCCAUCUGGAACCUUUGUACAGUGCGAUGCUAGAGCAAUUGGCUCUGCUUCAGAGGGUGCCCAGAGCUCCUUGCAAGAAGUUUACCACAAGUCUAUGACACUGAAAGAAGCUAUCAAGUCUUCACUCAUCAUCCUCAAGCAAGUAAUGGAGGAGAAGCUGAAUGCAACUAAUAUAGAGCUAGCCACGGUGCAGCCUGGCCAGAAUUUCCACAUGUUCACAAAGGAAGAACUCGAAGAGGUUAUCAAGGACAUUUAAAGAAGCAUGAUCCUCAGAACUUCUCUGGGACAAUUUCAGUUCUCUUAAAUGCUUUUAACUUUUAAUUCCAGCUUCUGUUCCUCGGAAGAGAUCCAGUGUAUGUGCAUUUUUUUAUGAUGUCUGUACAUAAAGGCAGUUCUGAAAUAAAAAUUUCAAAUUUGUUAAUA